AUGAAUUCUCCUGUCUUGAUCCAUACCUCCUCAAUACCCUUUGUUCGGACUAUCAGCGACGAUGGGUCAAGUGAAUGGGUAAAUGUGCUUGUUCCGGGAAUUGGAGAUUGCCAAGUUCAGCGCUGCGACUUGGAAAUCGAAAAUGAUGUCGGGUUCGCGCAAGGUUCUUGUCCUUUGCUGGCUCUUACUCUCGACUUUAUUUUUUGUCUUGACGCUGAUGAAAUGGACGGCUUACUCCCAUUUAUCAAGACCAUUGGAGCUUCGUUAAAACAGCUCACGCUCAGCCCUCCUCGGCGAGGCUUGAUCUAUGAAAUUGACGAGAACGCGAUCAUUCGAUUUUGCCCGUACUUGCAGAAUCUGACCAUCGUAAGGGAGCUUGUCGAAGUGGAGCUUCAUUUUAGUGACUUCCUCGCACGCAUGCUGCCUAUUCCCGAGCUGACAUUGCCCUGGUAUAAUGUGGCACAGCUAGCACGAUCUGAGUGA